AUGGAAGAAGACGCUAAGAGGAUAGAUGAAGUAACUGAAUGUCCAUAUGUGGUCGGCAACAAGAUUACGCUGCAGCUGGAGGGUCGCCCAGUUCAAGCUACAAUCGUGAAAACCUUUGAACCCUGGACUCAAUCAUGCGCCAUGGUUCUUUCAUUUGAUUCCGACCUCUCUGCUAUAGGGAUUGAGGGAAAUGUGGUCUUGAAGAUCUAUGACCGACGGUUUUCAACGGAACUACGAAGUCUCUGGAAAAGGGCCGGCCCUUGGACCCCAGAAAUCGAGAGAGAUCUUUACAAGCUUCUUUGCUCGGAUGAAGGAAUGGAGUUUGCAAUUGAAUACGAAAGGUCUUGCAUAAAGGAAAGAGAAGAAGAACACGGGUUUAUACCAACGAUCAUAGAGGAAGAUACCAGUGAAGAACAGGACCAACAGAACACCCAUGAGCAGGAAGGCACCAAUAAAAGCGACAGCACCAAUGGGAAUGGCAAUGCCAAGUCCAAAGGGACCCUCUCCAUAUUCUCCAUGCUCUCGAUCAAGCUCUUCUCUCCUCUCUUCCAUGGAUGCAAGAUUGUUUUCCGUGGUCUAUCCUGCGCCAUCCGCUUUUUUGGAGGCCAUAAGAUCAUUGAUGUUGAAAACCAAACGACCAAUAGGUGUGAUGAAGCCAGCGGAAAUAAUCCUAUCAACAAAUACCAUAGAACAACUGGGGAACAGCAGACCAACAAUCUCGAAGCAGUGGUUGAGGACCCGGAGGAAUCUGAAAAUGAAGAAGAGGAGUGGGAUCGCACAUGUGAAGAGGUAGAUACAUAUGUUGCCAAGCAGAUUCUUUAUGAAGCAGAAAUCAGAGCAUACGAGACGAUGAAAGAUCUGCAAGGUAUCUACGUCCCUCGAAUUUUUGCACAUACGAAAAUGCUGGGGCCAAAAUAUACCCAAGAUCAGCCCUUCAGUCGGUAUUUCGAACACCCUGGAAUUCUUAUGGAAUACAUUGAAGGAUUCCCUCUGCACGAGCUCCCGGAAAAUGCCCCAAGGAAAGCAUGGCAUCCCAUCGUUGACAAAGCUAUUGAGAUUGUCAACAAUAUCAUGCGCCAUGGGGUCCUCAAUGACGAUACGAAUGUAAGGUGCUUUAUUGUGCAACCUGAUCCAGCCAACGAUUCCGAUUCUGAAUACAGGUUUAAAUUGGCUAUGAUUGACUUUGGUCAUACCAGAUUGCGUAGCCAAUACCCGCCAGAAGAGGACUGGCGAUCGUGGGAAGCACUUAAUGAUGCAGAGGGUGCUAUCGGAGUAAUAAUGAAUUGGAAAUUGGGCGAGAUAUGUGAAGGAGCAUAUGUCUACACACGAACUCCCUAUAGCAAAGCGCUUCAAUAUGAUUACAUGAGGGAAGAGUGUUCCGAUAGAAUAUAG